AUGGCGCCUGCAAUGCCGACAAGAAGGAGCAUUUGCUGGCUCGUUGUGUUAGCGCUAUGCCUGGCCCAAGCUCUCGCUGCGCAGUGUUUGAAUGACAGCUGUCUUAGCGCCAUACAGUAUGCGCCAACUGGCAGAAAUGUCACGGCGGACUGUCUGUCUUUCCUUGCGCAAACUGCUCCCACAGGAACAUCCAGCAGGAGAACGGCCACGACGACGGUGACCAGCACAAAGAGGGUUGCGACUCUUACACUACAUCGCUCGGCGACUGUUAUCACAAAGACAGGGUCAACGAGUUCGACCGCUUCGGAGACCGAAAACAAUGGAAACCAUAAGCUGACAAAAGUUGACUACGAUGCCCUCAACGGGGAAAGGCCGGGCUUCUCACACGUACAGGCUCUCCAGGAGCGGCGGGUGACUACAAGUUCAACUUUGGCGACACUACCUUACUAUGCGAAGAAUUGUGCCUCAGAAGCCGAUUACUACUCAGCAUGCUCUUGUUUGAGACUUUCUCAAAUCACCAGGGCUGCUGCUCGGCCAGUCACCACGAAGACAGUUACUGCCAUCAAGACGAUUGCGAACGUGACCCUGCCGCCUUUCUUCGCCAACAGCACGAUUCCAGCAAGGAAGAAUGGGACAGGAACAGGAACAGUUACGAGCACCAUAUACCCGGGAAGGAAGAGUGGAAGUGGCAGCCCUUUACGUCCUACAACUUUGUUCACGAGCCGAGUGGCCUCCUCCAUAGAAGCAAACAGUGAUUCAGGGUCGACAAGCGUUAUCAGUUCGUCAGCACCUUCGGCCACCAAAUCGACCGUACAUGUGGUGACCAUUGCAAUACCUACGACAAAAAAGGAGCUAUUAUGGGUGAACACAACGUCGACCCGCAGUUAUCCAGCUGGAGAAACUGCGGCGGCUCCUUACACCAACUCUACGGCAGCUCUCGCAACAGCACCUGCGAACAUCACGACUUCCUCCACUCAGCUCAAUGCCCCAACGAGUGCCAAGUACCCAAUUCCCAUAAACAGCACAGUGUCCUGGUAUAACAGGACACCUACCAGCUCAUUACUGGCAAGUACUAGCACUGGAGUGGCCAAGACAACCGCGAGUGUCAAGUUUCCAAUUUACAAGAACACUACUGGUGAUAGAGCCUCAUGGUACAAUGGCACAUCAACAAGCUUUCUACCCCUAGAUCCCGGAACGGGGGUCCUCCUAACAACCAAUCCACUCACAUCCCCAACGACAACAACAACGACGACAACCAUCGCCCGCCUCCCCUUCCUCAUAAACACCACAGCCAUCUGGUCCAACGGAACCGCACCCACGAUUUCCACAAUUCAAGGCACCGGCACCGGCACAGGAAAAUUACUUACUAACGCCGGCUAUGACAACACCUCAACCUCAACCUCAACCUCAACUCCCACUUCCAGAGCUUCAGCCACUACACCAUCAUCCAAACCACCAGCCACGGAAGACCUAGACCUAACCUGCAGCGAAACCUCCACCCCUUUCUUGCUUCGCGUGUCUCAACCUGGCGGUACUUUCGACAAGUGGUUUGUUCACUUGGUUGGAAACGGGUUGCUCUUCACUAGCAGUCAAUCCCAAGCAAGCUCGUUUAGUGUAGAGAAGACUGGACAUUUGUGUGCUGUGGGGUAUACCGAUGAGAGAGGAAGGCCGAGGAUUGCUGCUGUUGGUUUUGAUGUUGCUGAUACUGGUUCCGGAAACGGAACUGGGAGUGGUGAUGGUGAUGGUGAUGGUGAUGGUGAUGGGGUGGGUAGAAAGGGAAUAAGAGGUGAGGGACCGGUGUGGAUGUUGAGGCAGGAAAUAUUAAAAGUAUAUUCGGAGGAUUACAAAGCUUUGGAGUGUACGAAGGGGGAUGAGGGGUUGAGUUGUGGUGUUGGUAAUUCUACGAAUGAUGCGGUUGGGUCGGGGUGGGUUGGGUGUGGGUUGCAGUUGAGUUUGGGUAGGGAUAUUAUUGAUGUUGGGUAUGGGGGGUUGAAUUGCCCGGCUGUUGGUUUGGAGGUUGUUGGGUCUUGAUUUUGUCAAGGCAAGAAGUAUGGAUGACUGAAUAUGUUAAUACCUAUCUAAUUGCUUUUCUUG